CAGAAAACAUUCUGGCAGCGCUGGGGUUACGCUCUCGGGAGACUUUCAGCGCGUUGGAACAAUUCGAAUUAUGACGGCAGAAAUCAGUCACAAGUUACCCGGGGAACAUGUCUAUGACGGCAUUUUGUUUUUUGGAUAUACUCCACCGGAUAUUCUGGACGCCGUGAAGGAUUUUGAAGUGAGAGAUGACGAUGUGUUCAUCAUCACCUACCCGAAAGCAGGAACAACGUGGAUGCAGGAAGUCCUGUGGCUGGUGAUGAGUGAUGGGAAUUUUGAUUCGGCCUAUCAGAAGCCCGUUUACUUCCGGUCCCCCUUUCUCGAGUUCAAAGAUGACGUCUUGAACGAGGUUGGUCUAGAACUGGCCGAGCCGAUGCCAUCCCCGAGGGUGAUCAAGUCCCACCUUCAGGUGAAACUGAUGCCAAGACAAAUCCAGCAGAAAAACUGCAAGAUCGUCGUGCUUUUCCGGAACCCCAAGGAUCUGUGUGUGUCGUACUACCACUUCUACAAGUCCAGCUCUUCAUUCGGAAACUACCAGGGGACGUGGGCCGAGUUCCUAUAUAUGUUCCUGUCGGGGCACGUUGACCACGGAUCGUGGUUUGACUUCACCCGGGGAUGGUGGCAGGAACGCCACAACGCCAACGUUCACAUCGUCUUUUACGAGGACAUGAAAAAGGACCUGGCGGGUGCAAUCAAGGAGCUUGCCGUCUUCCUGGGCAAGGGUAACCUGGGGGACGAGCUGAUUGACAGAAUAGCUCGGCACUGCACCUUCGACAGCAUGAAACAGAAUCCUAUGACGAAUCAUGAAGACGUCUACUCAAUUGACAGCAAAAUGUCGCCCUUGCUUCGAAAAGGCAAGGUGGGCGACUGGAAAGAUCACUUCACAGUGUACCAACACGAGGUGUUUGAUCAAGAGUUCACCAGCCAGCUUGGUGAUCUGAACAUACCCUUUGUGUAUCAGCUCUGAGCGGGGGUGGGGACGUGAAGGCGUGGCUCAAGGACACACUGGAAGACCCAGAGGAAGAAGUGCCAUGGGGGGGAUAGACAAGUGAUCUGUCAUGACACUCUGAAAAGGUCACAAAAAGGGUUUACAAAAAACAUCCAGUGAUUGUGAUUGGAGCAGUUUCACGUGAUGAAAGGGUCACAAUAUAGUGUUUAUUGUUUAAUGUCGAGUAGACAUUUUUUGUACAUAGUUUGUAGCUAUGUUCACAUUGACUGCAGAUUUCUUUUUGUAAAAUGGUAAAUAGGUUAUAGACAUUACAACUGUUCAAGUGUGAAAGUAGACACAGACUUCUGAUGGCAAUGAAACUGUACUGGUGUUUAGCAUUCUCAAUAUUUGUUAUAGUUAAACACGUAGAAAAGUGAAGUACUGCUAAAAUGUUCAGGUCUGUCACACUGUCUUAAACCAGUGCGAGUCCUGAUACGUGUGGCUUGGUUGGUAUGACUACUAAACAAUACAGAUACUAAACACUU